AUGCUCUUAAGCUGCAAAAGGCCGGAGGAGCAUGCACUGACCGCCGCGCAGGAGGCUUCCGCUUGCGAUGCCGACUUUGUGGAAGCUGCAGCAGCCGCGAUUGAAGAAGCAGAGUAUCGUCGGAUGCCUGAUGAUGUACAGGAUCAGCCCGCACUGAAGCGGCUUCGUGGCAUGAUCGAAGGUCCAAGUGGCACAGCCGCCUCUUCCAAUGAGGGCGGCCUGAACAAGGAUGAGGCUCUGGUUCGGCAAUGGGCUGAAGACCUGGUGAAGUCGCUUCACGGUUGUCCGUCGGUUGAGCAGGCUGUGCAACGAUGCAGUGCUGCUUUGACAGGCUUCGGAUCACAGGACGCUAUCAUCAUCUUUGCUUUGUUUCAGUUCUUCUGUGUUAUGAACUCGCGCUCCAUCCUACAGUGUUUGGCUGCGUGGAAGCGUGUGUCGUGUGACAUGCUCGAGAUCUAUGGUGACUUUGCGGUUGUGCAACCCGUUCUGGCCAAGUCCUUGACUUCAGGCGUGGCUUAUGUGCUGGGCGAUCUCAUCGCACAGAGAGUAGAAGGCGAGCCCGUGAUUAACAUUUUCCGAUGCACGCACAAUGGCAUCACGGGUUUGAUUUUGCAUGGACCAAUCUUACAUUUUUGGAUUCUUUUCCUGGAAGGACCAUUCUCCCAGCUAUUUAGCAAUGGAGAUUGUCUCCUAGCCGUUGUGGCGAAAGUUGCCAUGGACCAGACCCUGUUCUCUGCAACCCUGAAUGCUGCGUACGCGCUACUUCUGGGCAUUCUAGCAGGUAAGACCCUUCAGGAAAGCAUGUCACACAUGCGACGAACCGUGCCUCCGGCGAUGUUCUCCAGUUGGCGAUUUUGGCCGAUUGUUCACCUAGUGACGUAUUCCUCAUUCAUGCCGAUUCAGUUCAAGGUUUUGUGGAACGACAUUGCCGAGGUGGUGUGGGUUGCGAUUCUCUCCUACAUUGCAAAUGUGGAAGCGAUGAAUCUGAAUACAUCAAAAGGUCCCUCUGGCAAGCAAGGCAAAGUGAGCUUGAGUGCCUGA